AUGUUAGAUUCAGUUGUUGCAGAACUCUCGUCAGUACAUGAAUGUUACGAGAUUUCCGCCGAGUAUGAAGGCAAGAACGACCCCAAAAAAUUGGAAGAGCUCGGAAAUGUAUUGACGAGUUUGGAUCCAGGGGAUUCAAUUGUUGUUGCAAAAGCUUUUUCUCACAUGCUUAACUUGGCCAACUUGGCUGAGGAGGUUCAAAUUGCUCAUCGCCAACGAAAUAAAAAGAAAAAAGGGGAUUAUACUGAAGAGAGUUCUGCAACAACUGAAUCUGACAUUGAAGAAACUCUCAAGAGACUUGUGGUUGAUCUAAAGAAGUCCCCACAAGAAAUUUUGUGA